CCAAAUGAAAAUGAACCAGAAAUUAACUACAUGGAAAAUUCUUCGCCUGCGUCUGCAGAGGAAGUCAAGGACCAAUUUAGUUCCAUUGGCUGGGAGUCGGCUAGGAAUGCAGACCAAAUAGCUCGGAACACGCAACAACAGCAGUUGCAAGACAAAAAACCCGCACCAAGAAAAUCUCUUCCUGUGAAAUGCUUCCCCUCUUGCUCUCGGUAUUGUUGAUCCUUGGACGGGUUACCUCGCACGAGGAGUCGGGUGAGUGGAGCUGCGACUCGGAAUCUGAGAUCCGAGUUCAGGCGGAUUUCCGACCCGGUCUCGUCACCGUCGAUGGUCAGCCUGAUGACUGGAAGAGCAUUGAUGGAUUCGAGUUCGCUCUCCGCCCAGCGCUCGACCCUGACGAAGACCAUGAAUACAGAGGUGGCAAAAUGACUAUUAAGGUACUAAAAGAAUUUUUCCAUUGUUGAUUUCCUCUCAAGAUAGAAGGCUCUUGCUGAACUUGAUUUGUUUUCUACUGCAGCAACAAUAAGAAAUGCCCCUCUGUUGCUCUAAUGUUUCAGAUCGGUCAAUCUGCAACUUAUCACAACAUGGGUGGGUGUAAAGAAGGAACUGGAUCUUGCACCAGCAAGACUUGCAAAGGCUAUGAAGUUGACAUCAUGCACUUCUCAAUUGGAAAUGCUAUUCCAGGACGUCUCUAUGGUAGUAAUCCGAUAGACAACAGAGAAGGAAAUGGAGGAGAUAGAUUUGGCAAUUUGGUUGACGUUUAUGCUUGGAACCCGCACUGUAGAUAUCUAGAUGGAAUUGGGCCCUCAGGGAAUGAUUCCAGUGCACAGAACGAUUGGAAGGGGGUGUGGGGGCACAGUAGCUUGACUGUUCACUCGGGUUUUGUGGAAGAAGAUAGUCCUUUUGCAUCAGGUGGUCAGAAAGGAACAUAUUAUUUCGAAUUCUCUCGUCCUCUGAGGACCAUGGACCGACUCCAACAGGAUGUUCAGUUCUUGAUCGGCGGAUCAAGCAAGAUGUCUGCUGCAUUCUGGUAUCCACUUGACGGGAAAGAAUGGCAUGGAUCAGGACACUACACUAUCAACUGUGAUUGGACGCCACUGGACAUCUCUUCAGGUAGUGCUACAUUAACAGUGCCUGCGCCAAGCAGCUCAAGAGAUGUUACUGGUGCCUUUGCUCUUCUGUUCUCGGUUGCCUCUCUGUGUAUUUCUGUUUACGUAGCGUACCGGAUAUCCAAACCAAAUAAUCCCCAGUUUAUACCCAUGGAAAAUCUGUAGUUUUUAGUCAUAAGGGUUUGGGAUUGUACUGCCACUUGUUUUUGUACUUCAUAGGCUUUUGUACUCGUAUACUUUUCCCAUGUUCCAUUGUUUAUUGAUAUGCAUUUGCUACUUUGUAGUCAUCUUUAUAUUAUAGUGAUAGCUCCACACCAUCUUAGUGGAAGUACUUUCCUCAUUGAA